AUGAGUAACUUGUCAACAGGCUCGUCAACGAUCCUAGCAGAUCAACAUGCAUCUGAAGUUCUUCGGCUAUUCCGCGCAAAACAUGAGACUUUCUACAAGAAUGGUGUGGAAAGCGCAGUCUGCCAUUCAGCGUCUCAAACGGAUAUGACCCACUUCAGCCAGACCGCAGUCGAGCUCCUAGCCACCUUGAUAUCACUGCCAGAAUCCAUCAAGCUUAAUGUCAGAGAAGGCCUCGUGGCAUGGAUGACAGACAUUGUAGAGGAAAGAUGCUCACCCACGACAGUGGCGCCGUUCCUCAAAACCCUGGUUGGGGCAAAGAAGGUCAGAAACAAGGGCGUCGACAGUUUUGACAUCUGGAAGGCAGUGAACACAUACUUUGGGAAUAGCGAUACCAAGAUCAUCUUCCCCUUCCUGUCACUCCCCUUUGAGCUCCGCCUGAUUAUCUACGACAACUACUUCGAGCUCGAGACAACCAACGCCAGCAAAAAGCUGAUAGAUCAUGUAGUUCCCCGUGGCGAAAACAGACUUUCUCUAAUGAGUGCCAACCAUCAGAUCUAUUUCGAAGCUCGCAAGGUUCUCUAUACGAACUUCGCGUUCGGGCUGAAGGGUGUGCCUCAUCUGCGACAGUUCUUUAACAGUCUUAGAGGCUAUAGCUACCAGAUUAUCCGCAAGUUGCAGAUUGAAGAUAUUUCUACUGAGCAUGUGAAUACACUUGCGCAAGUAUUAUCUGGCCAUGGUUUGUCGGGCGUCCGAUCUCUGAAGUUGAUGGCAACGUCGCGUUAUAUGGGUCCAGCGUCUCUGAGGGCCCAAGUCGGAAGAUCUAGGAAACGUCCAGUGUACCCAGUAUUUAAGAAGAAGUUGCGCUUAGCGGUGGACAAGUUGUUUUAUCGCAGUGGCGUUUCUGUUCCUAAGCCGCCAACACUUAUCUUGGUUGAUUUCCUUAAGGAUCCGAGAUGGGAUGUCGGAUUUCCUAAGUUUUGGGCAGUCACGGUUACUUGGAAGGAGUAG